AUCAACGAGAUGGUGCAAAUAAGCGUCUCUCUGUUGAAAGGAUUUAUCAAAAAAAAACCCAAUUGGAACACAUUUUGCUUCGUCCAGAUACUUAUAUUGGCUCAACAGAGAAGACAACCCAACCUAUGUGGGUUAUGGAUGAAGAAAAAGGUUAAUGCUGCCGAUAACAAAGUCCGUGAUCCCUCAAUGACUUGUAUCAAAAUAGAUAUCAAUCCUUUAGUUUAUGUAACAAUGGCGUAUUAUAGGGAGGAAAACAUGGUUCGAAUCUGGAACAACGGAAAGGGCAUUCCUGUAGUUCAGCACAAAGUCGAAAAUAUGUACGUUCCCACCCUAAUCUUUGGACAUUUGCUGACAUCGAGCAAUUACGAUGAUUCUGAUCGCAAAGUUACUGGAGGGAGGAACGGUUUUGGUGCAAAGCUUUGUAAUAUAUUCAGCAAAAAGUUUAUCGUGGAGACGUCAUGUAAAGAAUCCAAAAAAAGUUUUAAACAAAUAUGGAUAGAUAAUAUGACAAAAACAGCCGAACCAAAGAUAAGCCCAAAUAAGGAGGAUGAUUUUACCAGUGUCACAUUUUAUCCUGAAUUGGAUAGGUUUCAUAUGUCUGAACUUGAUGCCGACACAGUCGCCCUUUUCACACGUCGGGCCUAUGAUAUAGCUGCAACUUGCAAAGGCAUCAAGGUCUUCUUAAAUGGGAAAAGGCUUCCGGUAAAAUCUUUCCGUGAAUACAUUGAACUUUAUUUAAAAAUGAAUCAAGUGGAUGAUGCUUCGGUUAAGGUCGUACACGAAAUAGUUAACGACCGUUGGGAAGUUGCUGCUGCUUCCAGUCCUACCGGAUUUCAGCAAGUCAGCUUUGUUAAUAGCAUCGCCACUACCAAGGGUGGAAGGCAUGUUGAUUAUAUAGCUGAUCAGAUUGCCAAUAAGCUAAUUGAUAUUGUAAAGAAGAAAUCAGGAAAGUCGGGAAUACAGAUUAAACCAUUUCAAAUAAAGAAUCACAUAUGGUUAUUCGUUAAUUGUUUGAUCGAAAAUCCCACCUUUGAUUCUCAAACGAAGGAGAAUAUGACGUUACAAUCUAAGUGUUUUGGUUCAACGUGCGUACUAAGUGAAAAGUUCACCAACCAGGCUUCCAGAUCUGGUAUUGUUGAAAAUGUCCUCGCCUGGAUUCGAUUUAAGGCUAUGGAAAAAAUGGAUAAACAAUGUCAUAAGUCAAAACAUGCAAAGCUUAAAGGCUUUCCCAAAUUAGAAGAUGCCAAUGAGGCUGGGACAAAAAACUCAAAUAGAUGCACUUUAAUACUUACCGAAGGUGAUUCAGCUAAAUCUUUGGCUGUGGCAGGAUUGGGUGUCGUCGGGAGAGAUUAUUACGGAGUUUUCCCUCUGAGGGGAAAAUUGCUCAACGUUAGAGAUGCAACAAAUAGGCAACUUGUAGACAAUGCUGAAAUAAAUGCCCUGAUAAAAAUUAUUGGCCUUCAAUAUAAGAAUACCUAUGAAUCUCAAGAAUCUCUUGCUAAUUUGCGAUAUGGAAAGUGA